AUGACAUUCCUGGCAGAUUUUGACCAGCAGUCCCUGGUCUUCACUUCUGGGGUCACAGAAGCCAAAAAGCAUUGCUGGUAUUUUGAAGGACUUUAUCCAACAUAUUAUAUGUGCCGCUCCUAUGAGGACUGCUGUGGUUCCAGAUGCUGUGUGCGGGCUCUGUCCAUCCAGAGGCUCUGGUAUUUUUGGUUCCUCUUGAUGAUGGGUGUGCUCUUCUGCUGUGGCGCUGGCUUCUUCAUCCGGAGGCGGAUGUAUCCCCCACAACUCAUUGAGGAGCCUGCGUUCAAUGUGUCCUACACAAGGCAGCCUCCCAGCCUUGCUGCAGGAGCUCAGCAGCCAGGGCCACCAUAUUACACCGAUCCAAGAGGACCAGGCAUGAACAUUGCUGGGAACCCCAUGGCGAUGGCUUUCCAGGUCCAGUCCAGUUCACCCCAGGGAAGCACAGCCUACCCUCCACCCCCGUCCUACUGCAACACACCUCCACCCCCCUAUGAACAGGUGGUGAAGGCCAAGUAA